CAACUGGGCGCGAGCCCGCGGCCGCUUCCCCGGCGCCGAGCGAGGAGCCAGGCUGCGGUGGCGAGCGGUGGCUGCGCGGCCAUGGGCUUGCCGGUGUCGCCGUAGGACGGGCGCGGAGACCGCAGCCGUGGCGGCGGCGGCAGCAGCCUCCGCAGCAGUCACCACAGAAGGCUUCCCGGGCGGCAGCGGCGGCCGCCGGAGCAGCGCGGCCGGGAUGAGCGGGAGCGGCGCGGCGCCCGGCCCGGGCUCGGGCUCCUCCCCGGCCGCCUGCCGCUUCGCGCACUACUUCGUGCUGUGCGGAAUCGACGCGGACAGCGGGCUGGAGCCCGACGAGCUGGCGGUUUUGUACCAAUGGCUAGAAGCAGAUCGUCAUGGCAAGAGCCAAGAUGCUGCAAAUACGACUUCAGGUGAAAAUUUUGACCAGAGUCCUUUGAGAAGAACAUUCAAAUCCAAAGUUCUCGCCCACUAUCCUCAGAAUAUAGAAUGGAACCCUUUUGAUCAAGAUGCAGUGAACAUGUUGUGUAUGCCUAAAGGGCUGUCUUUCAGAACACAAACUGACAAUAAAGAUCCUCAGUUCCACUCAUUUAUAAUUACCAGGGAAGAUGGUUCUCGCACCUAUGGUUUUGUUCUCACUUUUUAUGAAGAAGUUACAAGCAAACAAAUCUGCACAGCAAUGCAGACUCUCUACCAGAUGCACAACGCUGAGCAUUACAGCAGCGUGUAUGCUUCAUCCUCCUGCAGCAUGGACUCACUGGCAAGCAGUAUUGAUGAGGGAGAUACGACUUCCCUUUUGAAACUCCAGCGAUAUAACUCCUAUGAUAUCAGCAGAGACACCUUGUACGUUUCCAAAAGUAUAUGCUUGAUCACACCACUGCCUUUCAUGCAGGCCUGCAAGAAAUUCCUCAUCCAGCUUUACAAGGCAGUUACCUCACAGCAGCCUCCACCCUUGCCGCUUGAGAGCUAUAUCCAUAAUAUUCUUUAUGAGGUACCUCUUCCACCUCCAGGGAGAUCACUGAAAUUUUAUGGUGUUUAUGAACCUGUCAUUUGCCAGAGGCCUGGGCCUAAUGAACUCCCCCUUUCUGAUUAUCCCCUUCGAGAGGCAUUUGAGCUCCUGGGAUUAGAGAACCUGGUACAGGUAUUUACCUGUGUUCUUUUGGAGAUGCAGAUCCUUCUCUACUCACAAGAUUAUCAACGCCUGAUGACUGUGGCGGAAGGCAUCACCACACUUUUGUUCCCAUUUCAAUGGCAGCAUGUUUAUGUACCCAUCCUCCCUGCUUCUCUGCUACAUUUUCUUGAUGCUCCUGUCCCUUAUCUGAUGGGCCUUCAGUCAAAAGAAGGAACUGACCGUUCUAAACUAGAACUUCCUCAAGAGGCUAAUUUGUGUUUCGUGGAUAUUGACAACCAUUUCAUUGAGUUGCCUGAAGAAUUUCCACAGUUCCCCAAUAAAGUAGAUUUUAUCCAGGAGCUGUCUGAAGUUCUUCUUCAAUUUGGGAUCCCUCCUGAGGGCAGCCUACAUUGCAGUGAGAGUGCCACCAAACUGAAGAAUCUAGUCCUGAAAGACUUGGUUAAUGACAAAAAGAAUGGCAAUGUCUCCACUAAUAACAUCAGCAUGUAUGAGUUACUGAAGGGCAAUGAAACCAUAGCACGUCUGCAGGCUCUGGCCAAACGGACGGGUGUGGCUGUGGAAAAAAUGGAUCUCCCUGCCUCUCUGGGUGAAAAAGACAAGGACUUAAAACUGCAAUGUGAAGAGGCAGAACUAAGGGACUACCAGCUCAAUGUACAGCUCCGAGAGGUCUUUGCUAACCGCUUUACACAGAUGUUUGCAGAUUAUGAAGCGUUUGUGAUUCAAACUGCCCAGGACAUGGAAUCCUGGCUGACCAACCGGGAACAAAUGCAGAACUUUGACAAAGCUUCCUUUCUGUCUGACCAGCCUGAGCCUUACCUGCCAUUUCUUUCACGCUUCAUUGAAACACAGAUGUUUGCCACCUUUAUUGAUAAUAAAAUUAUGUCUCAAUGGGAAGAGAAAGAUCCUUUGCUUCGGGUCUUUGACUCUCGGAUUGAUAAGAUAAGGCUGUAUAAUGUAAGGGCACCCACCCUGCGGACAUCUAUAUAUCAGAAAUGUAGCACUUUAAAAGAAGCAGCCCAAUCAAUUGAGCAGAGACUAAUGAAAAUGGAUCACACUGCAAUCCAUCCACAUCUACUUGAUAUGAAAAUUGGUCAAGGCAAAUAUGAGCAAGGGUUCUUUCCAAAGUUACAGUCCGACGUCUUGGCAACAGGACCAACCAAUAACAAUCGCUGGGUAAGUCGGAGUGCCACAGCACAGCGCAGGAAAGAACGCCUUCGCCAGCAUUCAGAGCAUGUUGGGCUGGACAACGACUUGAGGGAGAAAUAUAUGCAAGAGGCACGAAGUUUAGGGAAAAACCUCAGGCAACCCAAACUGUCAGACCUGUCUCCAGCAGUGAUUGCACAGACCAACUGGAAAUUUGUAGAAGGCUUAUUAAAAGAAUGUAGAAUGAAGACAAAACGCAUGCUGGUGGAAAAGAUGGGACAUGAAGCAGUGGAACUGGGCCAUGGAGAAGCAAACAUCACCGGCUUGGAGGAGAACACCUUGAUUGCCAGCCUCUGUGACCUGCUGGAGAGGAUAUGGAGCCAUGGCUUGCAAGUCAAGCAGGGGAAGUCAGCUUUGUGGUCACAUCUAAUUCAAUUUCAGGACAGAGAAGAGAAGCAAGAGCACCUUGCAGAAUCACCAGUUGCCCUUGGACCAGAAAGAAGAAAAUCUGACUCAGGAGUUAUAUUGCCAACACUCAGGGUCUCUCUUAUUCAAGACAUGAGGCAUAUUCAAAACAUGAGUGAGAUCAAGACUGAUGUCGGAAGAGCUCGGGCAUGGAUAAGAUUGUCUCUAGAAAAGAAGCUCUUGUCCCAACAUCUCAAACAGUUGCUCUCUAACCAACCACUCACCAAGAAGCUUUAUAAGCGUUAUGCUUUUCUACGUGAAAGAAAGAGGGAACAAUUUCUUUACCAUCCUUCCCUCAAUGCUGUGGACUAUUUCUGCUUCACCAGUGUGUUCACUACUACCAUGAUUCCAUAUAGAUCAGUGAUUAUCCCAAUCAAAAAACUGAGCAAUGCUAUCAUCACAUCAAACCCUUGGAUCUGUGUAUCAGGAGAGCUAGGAGACACAGGAAUAAUGCAGAUUCCCAAAAACCUCCUUGAAAUGACUUUUGAGUGCCAGAACUUGGGGAAGCUGACCACUGUUCAGAUUGGUCACGAUAACUCAGGACUGUUAGCCAAAUGGCUAGUGGAUUGUGUCAUGGUCAGAAAUGAAAUCACAGGACAUACAUACAGAUUCCCAUGUGGGAGAUGGCUGGGGAAAGGCAUUGACGACGGGAGCCUGGAGAGAAUUCUUAUUGGAGAACUGAUGACGACAGCAUCGGAUGAGGACCUGGUAAAGCAGUGUAGGACUCCGCCGCAGCAGAAAUCGCCCACUGUGGCCAGGAGAUUGAGCAUCACAUCACUGACAGGAAAAACUACUAAACCCAACGCUGGGCAGAUCCAAGAAGGAAUUGGAGAAGCUGUGAACAAUAUUGUGAAACAUUUUCACAAACCUGAAAAAGAGAGAGGGAGCCUCACAGUGCUACUCUGUGGAGAAAAUGGCCUGGUCGCAGCACUUGAGCAGGUUUUCCACCACGGAUUCAGAUCCGCUCGCAUCUUUCACAAGAAUGUCUUCAUCUGGGACUUCAUAGAGAGAGCAGUUGCUUAUUUUGAAACAACUGACCAGAUUAUAGACAAUGAAGAUGAUGUCCUUAUUCAGAAAUCAUCCUGCAAAACCUUCUGCCACUAUGUAAAUGCUAUUAAUACUGCACCCAGGAACAUUGGGAAGGAUGGCAAAUUCCAGAUUUUAGUUUGCCUCGGAACACGGGACCGCCUGCUCCCACAGUGGAUCCCGUUGCUGGCCGAGUGUCCUGCCAUUACUCGAAUGUAUGAGGAGAGCGCCCUCCUGCGAGACCGCAUGACCGUCAACUCCCUCAUCCGGAUUCUGCAGACCAUUCAGGAUUUCACCAUAGUCUUAGAAGGCUCACUCAUCAAAGGAGUGGAUGUGUAAUCCAACUGGCUAGAAACUCUCAGUCCAAACCUUGCUCCUAAACCUUCCCCAACUAUGGGAACCGAUUUGGGCUUGUCUGACAGUAGAGAGUCACUAUGAGGGGGCAGCCCACCUUAUGCCCCAAUCUGAACAAUCCUCCCUCUACAGACAAGGCAAAAUGUUGUAUUGUAGUUCAUUUGAACCAGAAUUUAGUAUAAAAUAGAGUAUUUUCAUGUGUUAGAUGUCUGUAAAUACGCUAUCUUCUUUAAGAAAUUAUAUUACUCUAAUAAGAUGCUUUUCUUAGAUUGAAUAUUCCUGUGACUUAAAAUAAGUAGCUUCACAAUGUUGGGGUUGUGGGAGAAGAGUGGUGCUAGUCAGGAAGAAGCCAGUAAACAUGUAAAUACAGUACAACCCAGUCGGGCCUUUUUUCCACCCAGGUAUCACAAAGGAACCCAGAGAGCAUUGUCAUGUGUGGCCAUCCAUCCUGGUGUCUGAUCCUUUGUAUCAUGAAUGUAUACAGCUUUACCUACUGUAUGGGUAGUCUUCACUGGUAUCUUUUAAGUUAAAAGCUGUUUUAUACAUUUGCAUUGUGAGUCACUUUUCCAGUCUUUUGGAUAAAUUUUUAAGUCGGCACAAAAUGAAGAUAUAAUUCAAGCAUUUUAAAUACUAGACCCCAGGAGCUUGGCUGAACUAGAAAGAGAACACACAAAGCCCUGAGAAGUGUGUUAAAUUGUGGGAUUAUAACUUCUUUACACUUUGGAAAGAUUAGCCUAGACUAACUUCAUUCUUGGCAUUUUUAUUUUUGUUAUUUGAGGUACUUUGGGGAAAUGUGAAUGUCAAAAUGUUAGACUCAUAGUCAUAAGAACCGCAAGCAGCAAUUUGAUUCUGUACUUUUAAUUUGGCCAUCUAAAGUCUGCAGUGGCCUUUACCUCUUCAGGGUAACCAAGAGGCCUGUCUUUGUGAGGUUCCAGUCGUCCCCCGCCAUCCGUGCCCAUCCCCCCUCAGGAAAUGGAAGGAAUGUCUGAGGAGGAGGAGGGCUCUGGGUGGCUUGGAAUGUUUUUGUGAAAGUAUUUGUUGACCAUGAUAAUGCAAAUAACAGAAGGAAAGAGAAAGAAUGAACCCUUUCUGGGUGUUUCAGAGCAAGCUUUAUGUUCCUUUGUAAGAAGGGGUAAUAAUGUAAAACAACUGACCCAGAGAAGUUAAAAGCCACUGCAGCACAGCCUGACAAAAUGGAAGCAAAGCAAGAGGCAACAAUUUUGAAAGACCAAAAGGUGUGAGUAACUUUCCAGUUUGCUAUUUUAUAAAGAAUUUCAGUUAAAUGUAGUGUAGGCUAGUUACCUUAAGUCUUCAUCUUCUGGUAGGUCCUGUAACUCUAAUUAGGCAUUUGCACAUUGUUAGCAGCAAAAUCACCUCAGCAGAGCUCCAGGUUUUUUUCUUAGUUGUGGCUGAGCAGCGAAGCUAUAGCCCAGAAUCCAUGUGCAGUCUGAGGGUCCUGGGCUUUUGCCAACAGUGUUGUUUCCUUUAUUUCUUGGAGGAAGAAACUAAUGAAACAAGUGCCUCACUCCCUUUAUCAAACACUGUAUUCAGCCAAGAAACAGUCCCUUUUAACAUGUGACUUCCUACUUGAGGAAAAGGGGAGCUGAUGGCUGGAUUUAGAAACACAUAGAAAUGGUUUAAAAAGAUGGUUCUGGGUGACCUGGGUAGACCAGAGACUUGUUUGCCCAAAGCUAAAGUAUGUCUACAGUGGUGUGGCUGUUCCAGGGACAUUGUCAGUCUAUCACAGUGGAUAGCCAGAACUCAUGUCACACUGGGCCCCUACUAUAGAGUGGUUCAGCCCAGGAUUUCGUUCUUCGUUCUUGUUAUCUUUUUCAUAAGAGCAUGCUUCUGACAUGGGCAACCAGAGAGAUCACUUAGGUUAGUAUGCUAGAAUUGCACCAUCUAGUCCAGCCUUCUCACUUUAUAGAUGGAAACAUGUAAGGAUCAGGGAGAUCAAAUUCUUACCCUCACCCCACAGCUGGUCAUUGACAACAAAGGGUCUAGAAUUCAUGGGUUUCUUAUUAUACCAGGCUGCGUGAGACUGACCUAGGCAUUCUUUCUACUGUUGGAUCUUUAUUCAUCCAUCUACACAGGCAGGAAAUAAGGAUUAACAUUCAUUUAAAAGGAUUUAUAUUCAUUUUAACACAUUGCUCUGAAGUUAUUGGGAAUUAUAUCUGUUGUAAAAACUGGGAGCAAAAUUGGAUUUGAGGCCUGUGAAUAAAAUUAUUACUUUAAAAAGUAAUGCAAAAAAAAAUACCUACAGUAUCAUCUUCAUACUUUGUGUAGUAUGACUAUAACAGUGAAAUGAUUGACAAAAAGACACCUCAGAACUGACACAUCCUCUCAGAUGCUAGGCCCCAGUGAUGCCACCAUGCUCUGAACACCUGGGGCCCUCCUUGUGAGCUGCCUGAUUGGCCUACACCCCAUUCUUCAGAAUAUACCCAAUGGUGGUAAAUCUUGGCCUUUCAGAAUAUAUUUAAUAUUUGGAAGCAACAUUCCUUAGGAUCCAAAUUUAAUGACUAAAAAGGAUGCUUAAGCUGAGUUUAAGGUCACGUAAGAAGUACUAUUAUAAAGAAAUAAGGCUUAGUUGUUAUGUGGCUUAUAAUUGUCUCUGAGUCAAUACCAAAAUAUUGUGAACACAACAGUAGCAGAAUGCUUAGAAUAAACAUAUGUAACCUUUUAAGCUGACUUUUGGAAGGACCAUCAUAUAGAAGUAUCCUUUCUGCUAUGGUAAUUUUUUAAAUUAAUAUAUUGCCUUAGGAUCACACCUCAAAGUGGAAGUAAAUAAAAAUCAAAAUUUUAAUUUAUUUUACUCCAAAUAACUUAAAAGUAAAUGCCUGGGACCAUACUUAGUAUUUUUGCUUAAUAAUAGCUUGAGAAAAAAUUGUUUUAAAAUUAUAUUGCCAAAAAUAUUACUUUUUUUUUUUUCUUGAGACAAGGUCUCUUUCUGUUU